CUCGGGUGGAAAAGGAGGAGGAGUCUCCGCUGCCGCCGGAGCCGCCCGAUCCCCGCCGCCCGCGGACCCUCAGUUCUCUCGGUCUAGCAGCAGGGCGGGCAGCUACCGGGCACCAUGGGCAAGAGGGACAACCGGGUGGCUUAUAUGAAUCCAAUAGCGAUGGCCAGAUCUCGAGGUCCUGCUCAGUCUGCAGGGCCAACGAUACAGGAUUAUCUGAAUCGGCCAAGGCCCACGUGGGAAGAAGUGAAAGAACAGCUAGAAAAGAAAAAGAAAGGAUCCAAGGCAUUAGCUGAAUUUGAAGAAAAAAUGAAUGAGAAUUGGAAAAAGGAACUGGAAAAACACAGGGAGAAAUUGUUAGGUGGAAGUGAGAGUUCAUCAAAGAAAAGAGAGAGAAAGAAAAAGGAAAAGAAGAAAUCUGGUAGGUCUUCAUCCUCUUCUUCAUCAAGCUCUGAUUCUUCCAGCAGUUCUUCAGAUUCAGAAGAUGAGGAUAAGAAACAAGGGAAGAAAAGAAGAAAAAAGAAAUAUCGUUCACAUAGAUCUUCAGAAUGUUCCAUAUCAGAAUCUGAAUCAGACAGUAAGGACAGCAUUAAGAAAAAAAAGAAGUCGAAAGACGAACAUGAGAGAGAAAAGGAUAUCAAAAGUCUGAGCAAGAAAAGAAAGAAGAUAAAUUCUGAAGAUAAACCUGUAUCGUCUGAAUCUUUAUCAGAACCAGAUUGUAUAGAAGAGGCACAAGCAAAGAAAAAGAAAAACAGUGAGGAACGAGAAAAGACCACAGAAAAGACAAAAAAGAAAAAGAAGCACAAGAAACAUGGCAAGAAGAAGAAAAAGAAGGCCACUGGAUCAGGUCCAGAGUCGUCAUAACCCCAGGACCCCUGAGCUCUCCCUGCCAGAAAGUGCAAUGUCUAAAGGAAUCUUCAACUGUGAAAGUUAUGGCUUCUGCUCCCCAAAUGCAUGAGUGCUCCUGUGUUUUUAGAGCCUGAGGCCGUAGGCCAAACUAGGCCAUGAUUGUUGCCUGCUGCUUAUUACAUGGGGUACAUUCACCUUCUUUGUUUGGUUUGAUUUUUCUCCCCAGAAUUCUUAGAUCUGGGAGAUAAUAAUACACUAGAGUCCAACUGGUAUUUGAGAUAUUUGGAAAUAAAGUAAAAUCUUUUAGAUAAUUAAUAUUUUUAACAGGAAGUAUCUAAUUUUAAAUCAGUAGAUGUAGAAUCUAAAUGCAUCUUUAGGGUAUAUUUAAAGUGACAAAUCAGAGAUACCCAGAUGUCUACAGUUGGCCUUUUUGAAGCAAGGGCAUGACAGUAACGCCCUCAAAAUCUUUACUUUUAUAGAUGUAUAUUAUUUUUUCCCUUAAUUUUUUUUGUUUACCUAGGGGAAAGGGUGGGGUAGGUUGGGGAGGGAUGGGGAGGGCGUCGCUAUUAUUUUAGCUAGCUGAAUAGUGUGCCUUUUGAUCCUUGCACAUCCUAUCUAUUUCAGUCAGGACAGACACACUGCUUCCUAGGGAGGCCAAGAGCUGGUCGGCAGCAGUCUUGUUCCUUUGCUGAACUUAGUGAAUGAGGCAUUCUGGAGCUCUGCUGUCUGCUAGCUACUUCAGGUAGCAAAGAAAGACAGCACUUGACAGCAUGAAUGAGCUCCAAAACCUAGGAAACUUACCUCCACUUCAAUCUUUUGAAUAUUUUUAGCAGUAGAAUGUUACAUAAUUUGAAUUAAUUUUGGUUACACUUUGGAGGGAAUCAUUUCAUAGAGACACUGGUGUUUUGUUUUUUGGUAUAGAUAGCUAAAAUAUUCUGAAAUAUUUUGCAUGUUUUAUACUCUUAAGUUUUAACUGGCCAGGGAAAUUCUAUUGUAACCAGUGACCAUUAUUUUUUUGUAUGAAUUAUGUUUCGGCUGCAUCGUUUCAAGUGUGUAAUUCCUUAUUCUUGCUAUAAUAAGUUCAUUAACUGUGUUUAAUUGCACACUUGCUGCAGAUAUUUAGCAUGUAAAAAGCAGGUUUUUGAUAUUUAACGGCUUCAUAUUGAAGCCGAUUUGCUAUGAGCAAGUUAAGUGGCAGGCCUAGUAUGCUCUAUGUCUUGUUACAUAAAACUGCUGCCAGAUUCUCAGUAAAUAUACCGUUUUAAAAGUUUGUUGUCUUUAUAUAUUAAUAUUGAAUUAAGACAGGGAUUAAAGUAAAGUAAGAAUGACAUGAUUGCUAUUCCUGUGGCAUAUUUUACUAAGAUCGGGUGCCUCAAAUGUCUGCUGCUGAAUUAUGUUUACCAGUGAUGUUAAAAGGAACCGAGAAGUCAUUUUUACUUCACGUUUUUAUAAUCAGUUACAUGAAAUAUAAUUUACUGUCCAUUGUGCCUGUUAUAAAGGGUGUUCUAACUGUAGUAUCUUAAUGCACAGAAUAUUUUGGCAUGACAAGAGGCUGAAUAAAUGGGCUAUUUUGCUAAAAAAAAAAAAUAGCUGUGUUCAUCUCAGCUCCAUUUGCGUGUCACAAAGAAUAUGGAAAACCAGAAAACACUUAGGCGAUCAAUU